CCCGACGGAGUUUUGGCGGCGGCGCGGCCGGAGCGGUCAUGGACGCGCUCAAGUCGGCGGGCCGGGCGCUGAUCCGGAGCCCGAACCUGGCCAAGCCGAGCUGGGGCAGCGGCGGGCGGCACCGGAAGCUGCCUGAGAACUGGACGGACACACGGGAGACCCUUCUCGAAGGGAUGCUCUUCAAUCUGAAGUACUUGGGCAUGACACUGGUGGAGCAGCCCAAGGGUGAGGAGCUGUCGGCCGCUGCUGUCAAGAGGAUUGCAGCCACGUCCAAGGCCAGUGGGAAGAAGCCACAGAAGGUGACUCUCAAGGUAUCGCCCCGGGGAAUAAUUCUGACUGACAGCAUCACUGACCAGCUCAUCGAGAACGUGUCCAUUUACAGAAUCUCCUACUGCACAGCAGACAAGGUACAUGACAAAGUGUUCGCGUACAUCGCCCAGAGCCAACACAAUGAGAAUCUUGAGUGCCACGCUUUCCUCUGCACCAAGCGGAAGAUGGCCCAAGCUGUCACCCUCACAGUUGCCCAGGCCUUUAAGGUCGCCUUUGAGUUUUGGCAAGUGUCCAAGGAAGAGAAGGAGAAGAAGGAGAAAGCCAGCCAGGAGGGAGGUGAUGUCCAGGGUGGCCACUGCGACAGCACCCCCUCACUGAAGAGCUUGGUCGCCACUGGGAACCUGCUGGACUUGGAGGAGACGACCAAGGCCCCACUAUCCACUGUCAGCGCCAACACCACUAAUAUGGAUGAGACACCACGGCCUCCAGGCUUGAAUAGCAGCAAUGUGAUCUGGGAGCUGGAUGAUGGCCUGGAUGAAGCUUUUUCAAGGUUGGCCCAGUCUCGGACAAACCCUCAGGUCUUGGACACCGGACUGACAGCCCAGGACAUCCAAAAUGCUCAGUGCCUCUCACCUGUCGACUGGGACAAGCCUGACAGUAGUGGUGCUGAUCAGGAUGACUUCUUUACCUUCUGAGGACCCAGGUCUGGGGAGCACCCAGAAAAAGGCAAAUCCAUCUGUGACGGGGCUCCCAGCUGCAGGACACCUUGGCCACCCUUUCCAGUCGACUGUACCAUCAGCCUACAGAUGAGAGCUGUGGCCAGACAGGCAGAGGAGACUUGAUCUGAACUCGCUUUUUCUCUUUGAGGACUGCGAAGAUGCCUUGAAUAUUUAUUCAGUGACUCUUGCUUCAACCCAGAAAGAAGUCAGCGAUGCAUCAGGCCUGUGUCCCGCUGUGUGUGUGCGCACCGUUACAGCUGGCUUCCUGCUGCCUUUCUUAAGCAACUACUCUGCUGGGGUUUUCAGGAUGUGACCAAAGCAUUUCUUGUCCCUAAGGACCCAGACUUCCCUGGGGUGCCCCUGAUCCUUACUUAAUGAGAUUGAAUUAUUCACUUGUGUCAACUUGCAAACACAGGAGGGCACUGUGGCCUUGAGCUCAUCUUCUCCUGGGGCCCCAGCGGGCCUGGGUGUGAGCCUCUGGAUCUGUAGGCUCCAUAAGAGAGAGGGGGCAGCCCUUAACCAAAGACAGUUCCAGUUGGCACUUUAAGGCACACAGAACGGUGUGGACCCUCAGGGUUCCUCCAUGGUGCUGCUUCCAGAGCUUUUUUCCUGCCCUUCUAAAAGAAGGGCUCCAAAGUCCAUGUGGGGGUCCCCAGCCAUGCUUGGAAAUGGCUUUCCAUCUUGACUGCGACCUGGGGCUCACCUUAGUGUGAGCCCUUAUCAGACACCCCGUCCCCCACUUCCCCAUGCAGACGGGUUAUACCUGCCUUUAUGUCUUGUCUGAGUGUCACUGUGUUGUGCCCAGACUCCCCCCAAAAUGUGUGUGAGACCUGACUCCUACAUUUGUUUGAGAAGACUUUGUUGCCAUUUGACAAGGAGGCAGGCCUCCAGCGUAGGCGGGGUCAAGAGCAAUGCCCGGACCUGAUGCCAAAACUGCCGCUCACGACUCUCACCUCCUCUUGAGCUGCCUCUGUUGUCCUCCCAGGAACCAAAAAAUCGCAGCUAUUUUCUGACCAAAAUGUGUUUCAUAACAAACCAUCUGGUGCCUUUCCACACAGAACUGGCAUGAGACUGCGUGCCCUGCUAGCUGUCUCGCUAUUGAUUUCCAUGAAAAUGGAGGUGUUUGAAGUAGGCUGGUGCUGACGGUGAAACAAAACUAAACUCUCUCAGCUUCGUGCUGUUCUUUCCUUACACCUCCAUGCAGACAUGCCAGCAGCAGUCUGUCUGUUUGUAGCCUUCCAUCUUUUCCUCCCUGAGGCACCACAGCUUCCAGCAUCCUGAAACCCAGCCAGGCAGCCUGGAUUUUCUCUGUCCUGAGGUGUUUCUUGGCCUGGUUGUGCUGAACUGAAAUCUUUGGUGACAGCUGGAGCAAGUUUCCCCAGCCUGGGAGAAACAGACCCUUUCCCUAGAAGCUACUUAAUCUAAGCACUUGAAUCAAAGCAUGUUUAUGACAGACCUGCCAGGCCAAAGAGAUAGUCCAGGGAGUAAGGCAUUGCCUUGCAAGCAGCUGACCUCAGUUCAAUUCCUGGUACCACUAUGGUUCCUAAAGCACUGCCAGAAGCCACUUCUGAGCACAGAGCCAGGAAUAGUCCCCGAGCAUCAACAGAUGUGGCCCAUCUGCCCUGCCCCCUCCUAAUAAUAGAGACACAAGUGCCUUGGGGUAGGGUGGGAUUUUCAGGGUCUUUGUCAGAAUAUGGGGUUAGCUCCCUUUCCCAGACCACCUUCUCUACCACCUGCCCCACUCCAACUACCUUGGUAUUGAUACCUGUAUUUGUCAUGAGACAGAGUUGGGCAGACAGAUCUGGGAGCCUGAGGAAGGCUUGCUGUGUGUGUACACAGUCACACUGGCCUUUGCCCCGUUGAGCAGUGUGUAUUGAG